UUCCAGCAAUUUCGCGAAAUGGCUCGUCGGGUCGGGAAACUUCGACGCGUUUCGUACCGCAGGUAUGAGUCCGGCUGCUGCGCGAUGAGCCGCGACAGUUCGAGAAGAGCGGCAGUCAGGUAUAUAAGAGUGGGAGCCGGCUGGCCGCCCCAUGCAGACCGAGAGACACGGACCGGAGGGAAGGCGAGUGUGCGCACAAAUAACCGUGAGAGAAGGCGGCAAAUAACCACUGAGACUUAAGAUGUCUUCAGCCAAAGGAUUAUCAAUCGGCAUCGACCUGGGCACCACCUACUCCUGCGUGGGAGUGUUUCAGCAUGGAAAAGUGGAAAUCAUUGCCAACGACCAGGGUAACAGAACCACUCCCAGCUAUGUGGCCUUCACAGACAACGAACGGCUCAUCGGAGACGCUGCCAAGAACCAGGUGGCCAUGAACCCCAAUAAUACCAUCUUUGAUGCCAAGCGGCUGAUCGGCAGAAGGUUUGACGAUCCUGUAGUGCAGUCCGACAUGAAGCACUGGGCCUUCAAAGUGAUCAGCGAUGGAGGAAAGCCCAAAGUUGAGGUUGAGUACAAAGGAGAGACCAAGGCAUUCUACCCAGAAGAAAUCUCCUCCAUGGUCCUGGUGAAAAUGAAGGAGAUUGCAGAAGCUUACCUGGGGCAGAAAGUGUCAAAUGCUGUCAUCACUGUCCCCGCCUACUUCAAUGACUCCCAGCGCCAAGCCACCAAGGAUGCAGGAGUGAUUGGAGGGCUUGGCCGGCCCAUCGGGCUCGCUGGGGGCUCUCAGCCUGCCGGAAUCUUGGCUGCGACUCCGGUGACCCCCGCCUCUUCUGCAUGA